CUUUCGUAACCAACUACGAUCAUUCAGAUAAUCAACCUGAGCGUGCCCAUUCACCGAUUUUCCCCCCCUCCCCCCUCCUCUUUUGUCCCCCCACCUGUUCUUCCGGCCUCAGACGCUCGGCGCUUGUCCGGAUCGCAGCGUCGUCCGAGUCACUGUCGGACUCGGAACCACAUUCAAUCGAAGUAGCAGUUUGACCAGAAGAGUUUCACUCUACCGUGGCGUCUAUCAUCAUCCAACCCUCCUAAAUACGGCGGUCUCGUCACCCCGCCUUCGUCACACCGUCUCUGUUAUCAGCCGCCAUGGCCGAUCAAUUCAAAGCGCGCACUUUGAAGCGCAAAAAUGUCAAGGGACUUGCCCUGAAUGCCGCCCCUAAGCCUGCCUCAAAUCCUUCCGAUGGUGAUUCUCAAGCUUCUGGCGCCGUCGGCGCGACCGAAACCACGCGCACUGACACCCUUGAAAUUGGAUUGGAGUUUCGACUUGACCUGCGAAGUGAGGAUCUCAUCACCUUGAAGGAGCUAGGCGCGGGCAAUGGUGGUACGGUUUCCAAGGUCAUGCACGCCUCGACCAAGGUCGUCAUGGCCCGGAAGAUCAUCCGUGUCGAUGCCAAGGAGAAUGUGAGAAAACAGAUUCUACGUGAACUUCAAGUGGGCCAUGACUGCAAUUCCCCCCAUAUCGUGACUUUUUAUGGAGCGUUCCAGAACGAAGCCCGGGAUAUUGUGCUAUGCAUGGAAUAUAUGGACUGCGGCUCACUAGAUCGAAUUUCGAAAGAUUUUGGCCCUGUUCGGGUCGAUGUGCUGGGCAAGAUCACCGAGUCUGUGUUAGCGGGGCUCGUGUAUCUUUACGAAGUCCACCGGAUCAUGCAUCGAGAUAUCAAGCCGUCCAAUAUCACCGUCAACUCACGAGGGAACAUCAAGCUGUGCGAUUUCGGUGUUGCGACCGAGAUCGUUAACUCUAUUGCCGAUACCUUCGUAGGCACGUCGACCUACAUGGCUCCGGAGCGAAUUCAGGGAGGUGCUUACACAGUCCGCUCCGAUGUCUGGAGUGUGGGACUGACGGUGAUGGAACUGGCCGUCGGGCGCUUCCCGUUUGAUACCUCGGACGCAACGGCUGGUGAUCGCGCCAGCGCUGGCCCAAUGGGUAUUCUCGAUCUGUUGCAACAGAUUGUGCACGAGCCUGCUCCGAAACUGCCCAAGAGCGAUGCUUUCCCACCUAUCCUCCACGAGUUCGUCGCGAAGUGUCUCCUAAAGAAUUCCGACGAGCGACCAACGCCGCGGGAGCUCUACGACAAAGAUGCAUUCUUACAGGCCGCCAAGCGGACACCAGUGGAUCUCCAAGAAUGGGCCAUCAGUAUGAUGGAGCGACACAAUCGGAAAUCGUACCUCGCCCCUCCGGCGCCUAAGUCACUCAAGGAUGACAUUCAGUUUUCUUCUUCGCAUCAGUCCAGCCCUGCUGUCAAACCUCCCGUCACCAAACCCCCCGUCACCAAACCCUCCCGCACCCCGCAAUACGCCUCUCCAUCGUCCUCCUCCGGCGAUAUCCCUGCCAUGGGUCACGACAUGCCUGCGCACUAUGCCCACAACUAUGUUCCCGCCAAUCCCUCACCCAGACCUCGCCGGACGACUCGCUCUCCGCCAAUUUCCUUGGAGCAUCUGUCACUGGAGAACCGAGACGAGGAAUAUCGCUCUGGCCGACGGCCCUCCCGUACUCCUGUGGGUGGCCCUUCCCCGGGUCUGGAGCCUCCCAUGCACCCCAUGAGCUCUCGUUCCGCGAGCUCUCACAACACCAAGUCGAGAAUGCCGCUACAGUCCGCAGCCGCCCUCCCUGUCCGCUCGCCGCACCAAGGUCCGUCGGCAGGCUCUAGCGGCAGCAGUUCCUGGCAGCGGUCAAUGCGCGGCGACCACAUGAGCGGUGCCGUCUAAAAGUACGAAUAUGGCCUCUGCAGGGAACACCCCGCUCCGUCUUGAUCAUGACUCUUCAUUCCUCAUUCAACUUCUUCUUCCCCUCUUGCAUCAUUCUCGGCGUAUUCCAAUCAUCGGUCAUGAUAUCAUCUUCCAUCUCGUUUCAUCUUACGUCUACUUACCUACAUACAGAGCUAUACAUACGUGUACCCUUCUUGCCCACAUCCCACUAUUUUUCUCAUCCCCAUCUGUCCAAGCCUGUUUUCUGUCCACUCUCCAAAGCGUGCAAU